GUUUUGAUUUCAUCCGUCGCACGCGGGAUUCCGCAGUUCAAACAGGAUGCAGAUGUUAAGUGAGCAGCUGCAGUAGUGAUGUCCCGUCCUCCUCCAGACCCGCUGUUCAUUCUGAGGGGUUCAGGGGCCGCCGUGAACAGCCUGAGCUUCUGCUGUGCUGGCGAUGGACCACCGUUUCUCUACUCUGGGUCAGGUAAAGGUGCAAUCCAUAUGUGGAACCUGACCACCAGGAGAGCAGAACGCAUUCUAGAGAGCCACGCUGGGAACCCUGUUAUCUGGCUCAACACUUUCAAAGACCGCAGAAGCAGAUUGAUCAGUCAGGGUCGGGACAUUCGGCUGUGUGUGUGGGAUCUGUCUGAAGACCGCAGCGCAGUGACAGACUCUCUCCUGAUGGCUAGUGUGGGGUUCUGUCAGUGCUCUCUGCUGGAGACCCGACCCGGAGACGCUCUGCUGGCCCUCCCCACAGAACACAUGGAGGAGGUGAGUGUGGUGGAGAUGAGGAGCUGGACUCCAGUUUGCACUCUCAAACCAGAUUCAACGCUGGGGAUGCUCAUGUGUAUGAAGAUGUGGCAGGCGGAUUCUGGUCCGGUUCUAUGUGCCGGUUAUGAGGACGGCUCUCUGCUGUUAUGGGAUGUUUCCCAUCGCUGUGCCUACAGCUGUCUGAAGGCACAUCCUGAGCCCGUCAUGUGUCUAGACAUUGAUGUAUGCAAGCAGAAAGGCAUCUCAGGGUCUUCCGAGAAGAUCCUCCAGUCCUGGACACUUGACAACCAGCAAAACCUUCAGAUGCACGACUCUGUUCAGAUGAACAAUCCUGGGGUCUCCCAGCUGUGUAUUCGUGCCGAUGGAAAGAUCCUCGCUACGGCGGGAUGGGACGACAACAUCAGAGUGUUCGGCUGGAAGAAACUGAAGCCGCUGGCUGUUCUGCAACAUCAUACUGACAUGGUGAAUAGUGUGGCCUUCUCAGACCAUCAGGACCCCCCACAGAGACUUUUGGCCGCGGGGUCCAAGGACCAGCGGAUCAGUGUGUGGUCUAUAUAUAGCGAAAGUUGAGUUUGAAAGACAGGGGCCCACUUUACCAUUUCCUUCAAACUGAUUGUCACAAAUUACUCUAACUUUAUUUUACAUACUUCAACAUGGUGCUAAUAUAUUUUCUUUGAAUGAAAGCGCCUUAAUUAGUGGCUGGCUGCCAUUCGGAGGCGGAGCUACAACUUGGUCUCAUUUAGAAAGACGUUGCCGUUACUUACGUGUCCAAACGAAUGAGUUUGUGUUGGUGAAAUGCUUCAAAAUCAACCAAAAAAACGCUAAUAUAAACACACUCCAUCACAGAGUUUGGUUGUAGUUUGCCACAAUGACAAUGGCGUGUUUUAUUGUCAAAGGCAGAGCUUAAACUGUCCGCUCCGAUCUGAUGUGCUUAGGUGUGUGUUUGCUCUUGAAGUCGCACCUGAGUGGCAAAGUAAUCCAGCGCUGUUUUUCCUAAUCUGCCUCCGAGUUUAAGUUGCCCUCUGGACUGACCUGCAUACAUCACGCAGGGUUAAUCACAAGGGCUCGGCUCCGCAGACAGGCCUGUUUGUGAGAAAGAUUCAUUGAGCAGGAUUCGUUUCGUUCUUCCCUUCAAGCACACGAGCUGAUGAAGGCGGCUCUAUUUUCAGCCUAAAGACAAGGCUGACCUCUGUGUUCGGAUGUGGCUAAAAGACAAACUAGUUAUUUUUGCAUUUAUUGCUCGGGCGAAUACAACGUGGCUCACUCACCCGAGUAGUUUCGUUCUACUUUUUUUCACAUUAGGAAAACUGAUAUCUAAUAUCGUUUACACUACUUCUAGAUCAGAUUCGUUAGUAGGAAUGGGAACCAAGAACCAAUUCUUAUU